AUGAGAAGCAAAUCCAUCUUAGCUGGUGCCGUUAAUGUUCCAAUUGAACCAACAUCAAAUGUUGACUCACGAACGACAAACAAUAUUGUCAUAAAGAACUAUAGUUCGGAGUGUUUGAAAGAAAAAGAACCAGAACUUAAGUCGGGACCUUCGGUCUUGGAGCAUGGCGCCGUGAAUUUAAACUCAGCUUCAAACGCUAACGCUACAUCAGAUGUUAAGUUAGAGUAUCCACCAUUAGACCAA